CCGUCCUUCUAGCAUCAAGCAAUACCAAAUGUCAUCGACCACCACGAAAUGUCCUGUAGUGUUGAUCCACGGCGUCUUCGGGUAUGGCAAAACGCGUCCACUAUGGAAUUCAUGGUCUCCGUAUUGGCCGGAGCAAGCACUAAACAAAAUGAACCAGAACCAUCUCAUGGUCGAUGUCGGAGCCUUAUCCUCCGACCACGAUCGAGCUUGUGAAGCCUUCUACCAGUUGUACGGAGGUCGAGUUGACUACGGAGAAGCCCACAGUCUUCAAGCUGGACACAACCGAUUCGGAGGUACGUACAAGAACCCAUUGCAUCCCAACUGGAGUGCAGCCAACCCCGUCCACUUAAUAGGCCACAGCUUCGGGGCCACCACUGCACUGGAAUUAUACCAGUUAAUAAGCGCCGACUUCUUCAACAUCGGCAGUGACCAUCGUUGGGUAGUGAGCUUAAUCUCCAUCGCUGGGCCGCUCACAGGCUCGACAAUAACACAUCUCUUCGGACUGCAUGACUUGCAAAUGAUACCAUAUUCUCUCGGUCACUUUAUCGGCGCUGCGUUGGGUGUUUGGUUCAAGCUGCACACCGACUGGCCCAUACUUCGUCAAGUGUUUGACUUCAAAAUGCCACAAUGGCAGUGCGUCAACACCUUCCGCGAGAUCCUGUCGCCCUACGGCCGCAUCAACGGCUCCACGGACCUCGCGGUGUUCAACCUACUGCCUCGAGAGCGUAGAAAACGCAAUGCUCGACUGAUCCACAUGGACAAGAUCUUCCUCGUUGCAGUGGCGACUUCCAGCCACGUUACACUGCCAAUAGUCGAGAUUGCUCUGAUAGUUCUCGUCUUCAUCUUCACAUUAGGAGACACGGUACUGUCGACACUGGCGUUGUGCGUAUUGAUCCCAGUUCUUUAUCGUCGAGUUCGAGCUCUGGACUACGCGUCGAUUCCUUCUCUUUACAUGCUCCUGCUAGUCAUGCGACGACAUGUUCGUACACUUCACUUGAUCUUUAACGGCUUUGAUCGAGAACUCUGGGGUGACAAUGACGGUGCUGUAAAUCUCCACUCGAUGCUGCGACCGUGGGCUUCGGAUUCAUCCGAGAGCGACAGUGACUCGACAGCGUCCACAUCUUCAUCCGUCUCACUUGAAGACGUCACGACAGCUUCAACUACCAAGAGAAAAGCUGUGGAUUUGCAUCCAGAUGAGCUCAAUCCAAGUGAUCCGAAGCUGCAACACGGAGUCUGGAAUGUCCAUCACGUCCAGAAGAACCACAUGGCUGGAACAAGCUUUGAUAGUGACUCACCGGAACUCUAUCAACGGCUCUUUGCAGUCCUAAAACAUAUCGAGACGAUCAAGUGA